GACGGAUUAAACAUCAGAGAAUGUCUCUCCCAGACUCUGCCGGAAACCGCUCCUUCGUCCUCGAACGCAUCCAGAAGUUCAAAUUCGAAGACCGCCCCGUCCCAACCCUCCAAGAUCCCCACGAUGUCCUCGUCAGAGUCGAAUACACCGGAAUCUGCGGUAGCGAUGUCCACUACUGGACAAGCGGCCAGAUCGGGCCCUUCAAAGUAACCCAACCCCUAGUCCUCGGCCACGAAUCCUCAGGGAUAGUCGAACAGGUUGGAGCUGCCGUGAAAACGCUCCAGCCCGGCGACAGGGUCACCCUGGAGCCCGGCUCGCCCUGCCGCCGCUGCGAUCCCUGUAAAGCCGGGAAAUACAAUCUCUGCGCAGAGAUGGCCUUUGCCGCGACGCCGCCGUUUGACGGGACGCUUGCCAAGUACUAUAAACUCCCAGAGGACCUGUGCUACAAGCUUCCUGGGAGUUUAACGCUGGAGCAGGGGGCGCUUGUGGAGCCGCUGGGGGUUGCGACGCAUCUUGUGCGGCAGGGGUGUGUAUCGCCUGGCCAGAAUGUUGUGGUGUUUGGGGCUGGGCCGGUGGGGUUGCUUUGCUGUGCUGUUGCGAGGGCGUUCGGCGCGAAGAAGGUCGUUGCUGUUGAUAUCCAGCAGAAUAGGGUGGAUUUUGCGGUAAAGUAUGCUGCUACCUCGGGGUUUAUACCGGACGGUGGGAUGUCUGCUUUUGAGAAUGCGACGCGUCUGCGUGUGGAGAGUGGCCUUGGAGUUGGCGCUGAUGUUGUUAUUGAUGCCUCUGGGGCUGAGGCGUCUAUCAACACUGGUAUCCAUGUUCUUCGGCCUGGGGGGACGUAUGUGCAGGGUGGCAUGGGCCGGGAUGAAGUGCGGUUUCCCAUUACGGCGGUCUGCACCAAGGAGAUUAAUGUGAAGGGGAGUUUCCGGUACUCUGGGGGAGACUAUUGCCUUGCAAUCGAGCUGCUGGCUGCAGGAAAGGUCACUGUUGAUGAGCUGAUUACGAGUGUCUUUGACUUUGAGGAUGCUGAGCUGGCGUUCAAGCAGGUUAGGGCUGGGGGAGGCAUCAAGACUUUGAUCAGGGGUGAACCAAAAUAAUUCUAUAUAUAAAAUGACGUAUUACUUCUAUUAUCUACAAUCGUGCGUAAAAUCCACCCCUGUCCAGCUUCGCCAGGCUGGUUGGCGUGAUAUCAGCCAGUGUCCUGCA